AUUACUAUCUACACUCUACUGUACUGGUAGUCUAUAAAAAUAAAAAAUAAUGGCUGGCUACAAACAGGAAGCUCUCAAUCGUUGUCGAUGACCAUCGAAUUGAUGCAGCGCAGCUCCCGAAAUCAAUAAAAUAUCCAAGAAAUUCAAAAGUAGAAAGACAGCACCCUAAAACCCCACAACACAACACGCAACAAUAAGAAGAUCAAGAAUGAAGCCACAAGUUUUGGAAAUACCAGAGUCGAAGCCAAAAGUGGAGAUGCCCCAUAUUGUAAUCGUGGAUGAUCAUUAUCACGACCAGUUUCUUUCCACACCCUUAUCAAACAAAGGCACCACAGAGGACGAUGCAAUCUCUGUUGAACAGUACAGUGAAGAUCGUGACCUUAAUGUUGCCGUCAUGUCUUCUCUCAAUUCCAGCAAAGAAGCAAACUUUUCGGGGUCCAAACCAGAGGUGGUUCAGAUUGUAAACCUUGAUUAUUAUCAUGAUAGGUUUCUUGGCAUGCCCGUAUCAAACAAAGGCACCGGAGAGAAUAAUGCGAUCUGUGUUGAAGAGUACGGUGAAGAUAGAGACCUCAAUAUUGCUAUCAUGGCUUCUCUCAAGUCCAAUAAAGAAGCAAACUUUAUUGAUCCCUCUCAAGAUUAUUUCUACUACUAUAAUGAUGAGGAUGAUGAUAUAAAGGUACUCGAUUUCUUGCCUGAAGUCAUUCCUUCUAGGAAACAAAAAGAACCCACUUUUAUAGAAUCAGUGGCUGAAAAGGGUCAAUCUUCAAAUUCUCAAAUUGACCCAGAUUUUGUUUGUCAAAUCUGUGUCGAACCCACGAUUUUAAAGAAUUCAUUUUUAAUCAAGGGUUGCACUCAUGCUUACUGUACCGAAUGCAUGGUCAAGUAUGUGUCCUCGAAAUUACAGGAAAACAUAACCAAAAUCUGCUGUCCUGUUCCAGAUUGUAAAGGCGCAUUAGAGCCUGAGGAUUGCCGUUCAGUUUUACCUGAAAAUUUGUUUGAUAGGUGGGGUAAUGCUCUGUGUGAGGCUGUGAUUCUUGGCUCUCAAAAGUUUUAUUGUCCUUUUAAAGAUUGUUCUGCAAUGUUGAUUGAUGAUGGAGAGGAGGUUGUCAGGGAAUCUGAAUGCCCUAAUUGUUGGAGAAUGUUCUGUGCACAAUGUAAGGUUCCUUGGCAUUCACAGAUUAGCUGCGAAGAGUAUAAAAUGCUGCACAAGGAUGAAAGAGAGAGGGAUGAUAUACUGUUGAUGAAUCUAGCAAAGAACAAGAACUGGAGGAGGUGCCCAAAAUGCAGGAUAUUUGUCGAGAAGAUAGAAGGUUGUAGAUAUAUGAAAUGCAGGUGUGGAACUCAAUUCUGUUACAGCUGCGGAUCUACUGAUUUAAAUCCAGUAACACAUUACUGUUAUAAAUGUAAGGGAAUUUGGUAGGGAGACUAAGAGAAAGAAGAUACAGAAUGCAGUGUGAGGACAAAUCGGGAAACAACAGAAGUUGUGGGACUGAAUUUCAAGAUUGUGAACUCUAGGAACUGGUUCAUGUUGUAGUGAAUCCAAAUUCAAUUAUGAAGGCCGUAUCAUAUUUUGUUUUUUGUAUUUCUAGAAUGAUCAAGCCAGUUGUAUGAUCAUAACGUGCCUUGGAAUGAAUUAUAUUGGCAACUUUUAUUGUA